AGCAAAAAUGGCUUCUCUGGGUAUUCCUGGGUUUGAAACCUCAUGUUCUGUGGCUCUGGCCAUGAUGAUAGGGAUGAGGAGCAAUAUGGCUCUUCAUACAGACCCUCCAGAGUGUCCCUACAUGAAGGACACUCAGCAGAUGAGGCACCUGGACAAGUUCAUCUGGGACUGGCAGGAAAGCUGUUCCUACAACUUUAAGGUUGGUGUCUGUGGUUGGAAUGGCCAGUUGCUGAGUAGUGAAACAGGCUGCAGUGCCGUGGCUACCUGUGGACUUCAAUACAACAGCUUCAGAGUGAAAAUUUCUCCCAUGCAAACAGAGCCAUGGUGCAAUCCCAACUAGAUGGUUUGUUCUGCAACAAGUUUUUUUCCUUCUGAAAUAAAUAUCGAGUGGUUCAAAAAUGAGCAGGAGGGUAUUAACAAAAUUGUGUAUAAGGACCUCCUCCUAAAUCGAGAUUAGUCUUUCCAGAUCCUGGUCACUUUGGAAGUCAUGCCUAAGCAAGGGGAUAUCUGUGCUUGCUGGGUGGAGCAUGUCAGCCUGCCAGUGCCCACCACCAUGGCCAACGGGAAAUGGUCAUUGCCUACAGAGAGCGCAGAUGUUGAGCCAGGCUUGGCAAUCAGAUACCCCAGCAAGUCCCCCAGCUUCAGUGUCAGUGGUGGUGAACCAAGGCCAGGAACAGAGAUGGUCCCAACGAUGGACCCACAAGAGCCAGUGCAGUCUGUCAGCCUCCUUUUGCAGAUUGCUGAAAAGUCAGUUCAUCCACUUACCUGCCUGCCUGAGGAGGACGGUCCCAUGGACAGAGAUGGCCAGAAGAAAGAAGGGACCGACGCCUCACUUGGAGAUAAAAAUCUCCCACGAGUGCAGGAGCAAGACCCUGCCUUUCUGCACAAGGUGAGUGACCUGCUGAAGGAAGGGUGGCCAAACAUGCCAGAGGGUGGAAAAAUUCCAAAUAUCCAGCGGCUGAGAAGUGGACUUUGUGCUAUGAGGCUGAAGGAGUUUACCCUGCUCGAGGUAGAAAAGGGACAGCAAAGAGAGGACCUGGUUGGUGUCAAGGGGACAUUUGCUUUGCGGGAUGGCUGGAGGAGCUACGCCAGGCCUGGAGGCUAG